CGUGAAAACUAUGUAUUCUUGUUCUCCUUAUUUUUGAAUGGUUGUUUGCUAUGAAUUUAUAAUAACUUGUUCUGUUGUUUUGAGCUUAAGUUAAAAUGACGACAUGCCCUCAGUUUUUUUCGGAUCCCAAAAGGGGAGAAAUCAAUGAAUUAAAAAAACUUUUAAUUACUUCACAGCACGAUCACUGGGAUUAUUUACGUCAAAGAGAAGUACUGAAAAAAGUUAUUGCUUUUAUGACUAUGGGAAUCGAUGUUGCACGAUUGUUCAGCGAAAUGCUUAUGGCGUGCUCCACUAGUGAUGUAGUUCAAAAAAAAAUGAUAUAUUUUUAUUUGAUCAGCUACGCCGAAAAGAAUCAACAUCUGUCACUUCUCGCUGUGAACACGUUACAAAAAGACUGCAUAGAUCACGAUCCUGCAGUGCGCGGCUUGGCUCUGAAAUCUUUAUGUUCGAUGAAGACACCUAACAUUUUCGAGUACCUUGAACCAGCUGUUAGAAGUGGAUUAUCAGAUAGAAGUGAAUAUGUACGCCGUACCGCGGUUAUGGGAGUUCUUAGAAUAUUCCGCAUUUCUCCUGAAAGCGUCAUUGGUGAACACUCUAAUCUUUCCUUCAAUACAGAAAAUGAAGUCUCUGAGUUCUAUAAGAUUCCGUCAAGUAUGGAAAAUGAGUCGCUCUUACGUAUCGUAUUUGCACUAUUAAAUGAUAUUGAACCACAAGUUGUAUGUAAUGCCAUCUUCGUUCUUAACGAAAUUUUGGCUUCCAGUGGUGGUCUUCCUGUGACAAGGGGAUUUGUCAUACGGUUACUUAACAGACUUAAGCGAUUUCGCGAAACUUCACAAUGCAUUAUUUUAAAUAUACUUUCAAAUUAUCGUCCAUCAAACGAAAAUGAAGUUUACGAUGUGAUGAACAUACUUGAAGAUUUGUUAAAGCAUUCUUCCGCAGCUGUUUUGUUGGCUACAAUCAAGUGUUUUUUGAUUUUAAUAGAAUUUUGCCCAUUAAGUCUUAUAUCUGUUAUAAAGAGACUGCGUCCUCCUCUUCUUACUCUCAUCGUUUCCGUACCAGUCGAACAAUGUUAUGUAGUUUUAGUGCAUUUACGUCAUAUACUCGUACUCUGUGACCGAGAAGCGAAAUCCCACGAACAAGAAUCUGUUGCGUCUCAAAUUUUUGGAAAGGAUUUCAAACUGUUUUUUUUGGCUUUUCAUGACCCUGUCUACAUAAAAAUUAUUAAAAUCGACCUUUUAACUCUAUUGGUGUCUAAAACAACUACAGCUUUUAUCUUAGAUGAACUGGUUGAAUAUGUGGUUAUUGAUCCAAAUAAAUCUGUUGUUUGCAAAAGUAUAGAGGCUAUUGGAACGAUAGCUUUUCUUUUCCCUGAAUAUCUUGAAAAUGUCACUGAUCAAUUAAUAGGAUUGAUGCAGUUAUCAAAAGAUUAUAUUACUUCAAGUUGUUUUGUAGUAUUACAACGUAUUUUAGAAAGAAAACCUCAUUAUUUUUCAAAAUUAAAGCAUUGCGUUGAAUGUUCUGUGACGAUCUUUAAAACCUGUCAAAGCUUUGCAUCCUGGUUAUGGAUUUUAGGAAAAUUCGGUCACAACAUGCCUUCCGCUCCCUCUAUUUUAGAGGAAAUUGUGACAAAAGGAUUUGCCACUGAUGACUUACAAAACAAAGAGCAAUGUCACUCUGUAACGUUGCAUGAAGAUCUAUGGACAAAUAAUUUAAAGUCGGAUGUGGUUUUGUUUGAACUUAUAACCGCAACUAUGCGACUUUUAAUUAUUCGAGCGCCAGAAAUGCAAAUCAUCACUGGGAAACUUUUUGACUGUUUACUGAAUGAUGAUGAAAUAUCAUUUGAUGUGCGGGAUCGAGUCAUUUUACUGUAUCGAUUUUUACGCGAAGCAACAGCUAAUAACUAUGCCUUGUUACUUUUUUUUGAGAAAUUUCUUCAUGGAGAAAAACAUGUGGAGUUACCUGCAUCAGUUCCGACUCGUUUGGAAAAUAUAAUUUUUCCUAACAUUAGCAUUUCCGAAUUCAAUACUUUAUCAAUUUUACUUGACCUAUCAACUAUACCAAUGAUUCGUUCCGAAAACACUAUAAAUCUUAGUGGGAAGUUUAUUUCUUGUUGCUUUUCUAAAGAAGUUCUCUUAGACGAAUCGGAGACAUCUAACAAGCUCAAAGCAUUGUGUACAUCAACUGAUCUUUUACACAUUGAGGAUUCUUGUAACGAGCCAAUGAAAUCAACCUUGUCUUUUAAGCCACUACAAAUGGACACGAGUGCCAGUGUGGUGUAUAAUGCCUCAUCAUUUCAAGCGUUGUGGAAUAAAACAACCCAAAGUCAUCAGUUCACAAAUCAAGUACCAUUUGACAGUUCCUUAUUAACCGAAUCCUGCACCGAUAUAAUCGAAAAUAUAAAGAAAGAUUUCUCAAAAGCACAAUUUCACUGUAUUGCCGCAGGAUCUCCAAAGGAGGGUGUUUACAAAUGGUUUGCCCACGGUCUUUGCAUACAAUUCCAUACUCCAAUAACAAUCUUACUUAAGUUUCAAAUUGUUUUGCUUAAUACAAAACAACUCUGUUUAGAUAUCAAAAUACAUCCACUUGACUCGGUUUCUUCUAAACAUGUUAUACACCAUAUAGCGCACUUUAACAAAUUAUUUUCUUUAUUAUUAACUCCUUAAUAAAGUGAAACAAUCAUAUUUUUUCAAUGCUCGAAAUCGUUGUGGUUUAAAAUUUUUUUUUAAAGCACAAUUAUAAAACGUUUUUUACUACGCUAUUUCAACUAAACUAUUGUUUCACUCAAC